AGUGCAAUCGGUUCCCAUGGUGUUGGGCUGUAAAUAGGGGGCAGGAGCCAAGACCAGAACGGUGGCCCCAGGGGGAGGGGCUGAUCUGUGCUAACAGGGACAGUAAAGCAGCACUGCAGGUGAAUCGAGGGCUGGGCACUGGGGCGCACCCAGGGCUGAGCUGCGGCAGAAGCGCUGUGCUAGCCCUCCCUCCACGGUCUCCUUCUUGAGCAGCCACGUCCCCAGUGUGUUCCCUCAUCAGGCAUUCAGGCACAUCAGGCUACCAGAACCCCUCUCUAGCUUUCAUGCUCAGCCUGUCCUGGCAGUCACAAACGCUCCUUGCCCAGGACUUCCACUGCAGGUACACACAGGUCCUUCCUCCCCACCCUGUGCAGCCAGGACCAGGCUCUCUGGCACUGCACCCCACGCCUGGACCGGUGGGCUGAAUGAGAGCAGAGUCAGGCUUGCCCUGCCCUGGGCAGGCUCAGACCCUGCUGGAAUGGGCUUCCCCAGGAACUGCCAGUGGCUCCUGACAAGUCAGGCCAACCCCCUUCUCUGACCCCCCUCUGCACUGCCAGCCCCUUGCACCCCUGCAGUGGCACGCACCCAGUCCUGCGUCAGGCUGAGCCAGCGUGUCAGGGUUCAACCCUUUGGCUUAGGGAGGAUGGAAGGAAAUCAGUUUCCAGAGCUGUGCAUGGCAGAGCUGUUGAGCUCCCGAACACAGAUCCCAUCUGAUUCCAUCUCCCUGCCCUCUCCCAAAAUGCACGUGCUCUUUGCUUAGGCCUGUGCCUGUGACUGGCGGGUCCUGAUGGCUCGCUCGGAAGGUAAUAUCUUCCGCUUCAGCUCCACACAGACUUGCCUGGAAGACACAGUACACUGAGCAUUUUGAUGCCUCCAAGGAAAGUGCAAACCCCUGGGUUGCCUUUCAGCAGCGGAAGAUCUGCCUUGUAGCGUCUGAGACCAGCCAGGGAGUCUAGCAGGAAAUGCAAUGGGUGCUCUACCUUUGAGCUGCUUCCCAAGGUGCUGCAGUCCCCCGGGGAACAUCUGUGACAGAGCCCGCCUGGCCUGUGCACUCCAGACCCACACACACUACUGUCCCCACGGCUUCUGAUUAUUCCAUAUGUAAAUGUAAUUACAUCUGGGAUGUUGCCCUGGGACUAGAGCUCUAUGCCACUCCCAUGGUCAGCGCAUGUGCCUCGGCAGCACAGCUUGCUGCAGUCCUGGCAGCAGUGACCCACCAGUGCGUUAACAUUGCGAGGCAUUACUCUGUGCAAAACACAUUUGUUGCCUUUCCAACAUGACGUGCUCUGACAUCCCACUCCACGAAACGCUCCAGCAGCAGCCCCGGCUUAGGUAACACCCCUCAUCCAAACACCUCUCCUCGCUGAACGCCAGAGCAAAAGUCCCGUUGCAGCGUCCGCCAACAGCACGGACUCACCAACCGGUGCAUUAUUUACAGGAGACCUUAUCAACAUCCAGCCCUUUGUUUUCAGUAUUUUUUUAAAGCCCUGCUGUAGACAGUGAUGUAUACUUCCACCAGUGUUCUCCGUUUAAGUGCCAGGUAGCUUUCAGCAUCAUAUUACCAGAUGCUCAGGCCUGUCUGUCUUUUUCCUUGAUUGACGACGAUAGGGCAAUGUGUACGUAUCUCCUCUGUUCUUCGUUUCAGAUGCUGCAGACUGUGUCCAGCUGAUCUCUCUCUCCUUUUUUUUUUUUUUAAGGACACAUUAAAUAUUUAAACCACUUGAGGCUCUUUUGAACCGGUCACUAAUGAAAAUGCUGUACAUAGUUGUUGCUCCCUGUUGUAACUUUACUGAAGAGCUAGGACUCCGAUCCCUUUGUUCCCAGAUGGUAUUUUUACGUGAAUAUUUUCAAAGACCCAGAACUUCAGAGCCUUACAGAGAAGGUGUGGUGAGUUUCUGUGGUUGGCCAUGCUGCGGCAGCACAUCUUAAGACCGAGUCUUUCACACAGCUCUUCUUAUUCCCCUGAGAGAUAAGUGCCCAGCUUCGCUGGCAAAGCCCAAUUCCCUGGCAAUAUUUAAGCCGUGCUGUCGGCUGGCAGGAGGCUGCUGGUGCCGCGCGCAGGGGAGCAGAAUGAGACCUGGCUGGACGCAAUAAAUGCACCUGGAGGGAGAGGAGUGCCGCCCUGACCAGCAGCCAUGGAGAGCCCCCACAACACUCCGCCUGGCACCUCCGUCAUGCCCACGUCGGAUGCGUUUCCUCAGCACACACUGGAAGCCGUAGACAUCGCUGUCCUCGUCCUGUACUUCCUCUUCGUCCUGGCCGUCGGGCUGUGGUCCAUGUGGAAGACCCAGAGGAACACAGUGAAGGGCUACUUCCUGGCUGGUGGGGACAUGGUGUGGUGGCCCGUGGGUGCCUCCCUGUUUGCCAGCAACGUGGGCAGUGGGCAUUUCAUUGGCCUGGCAGGAUCGGGGGCAGCCUCGGGUAUCGCUGCUACAGCCUACGAGUGGAACGGCAUGUUCUGCGUCUUGGUGCUGGCCUGGCUAUUCCUUCCGAUUUACAUAGCAGCAGGGGUCACCACCAUGCCCGAGUACUUGAGGCGCCGCUUCGGAGGCAAAAGGAUCCAGAUCUUCCUGGCGGUUCUCUACUUGUUCAUCUACAUCUUCACCAAGAUCUCUGUGGACAUGUAUGCGGGGGCCCUGUUCAUCCAGCAGGCGCUGCACUGGGACCUCUACGUGGCAGUCACGGGUCUGCUGGCCAUCACAGCAGUGUACACGGUAGCAGGUGGCCUGGCAGCUGUGAUCUACACGGAUGCCCUGCAGACCUUCAUCAUGCUGAUCGGGGCGCUAACGCUCAUGGGUUUCAGCUUUGCUAAGGUUGGUGGGAUUGAAGCUCUGCAAGCCAAAUACUUCAGUGCCAUUGCCAUCAGCCACAAGGCAAACAGCAGCUGUGGCUUGCCACGAGACGAUGCCUUCCAUAUUUUCCGAGACCCUGUCACCUCUGACCUCCCCUGGCCGGGCGUUCUGGUUGGAAUGACCAUCCCGUCCCUUUGGUACUGGUGUACAGAUCAGGUCAUCGUCCAAAGGUCCCUGGCUGCUAAGAACCUCUCUCAUGCCAAAGGAGGCUCACUGAUGACCUCCUACCUGAAGAUCUUGCCCCUCUUCAUGAUGGUGAUGCCAGGCAUGAUCAGCCGGAUCCUCUUCCCAGAUCUGGUGGCUUGUGCAGAUCCAGAGGUCUGCAAGCAAAUCUGUGGCAACCCGUCCGGCUGCUCUGACAUCGCCUACCCCAAGCUGGUCAUCGAGCUCCUGCCCCUAGGGCUCCGGGGCCUGAUGAUGUCAGUGAUGAUCGCGGCCCUCAUGUCCUCCCUGACGUCCAUCUUCAACAGCUCCAGCACCAUCUUCACCAUCGACCUGUGGCGCCACUUCCGGCCCCGCUCCUCGGAGUGGGAGCUCAUGGUUGUCGGCAGGGUGUUUGUGCUGAUGCUUGUCGUGGUCUCCAUCCUGUGGAUCCCGCUGGUGCAGGCCAGCCAGGGGGGGCAGCUCUUCAUCUACAUCCAGUCCAUCAGCUCCUACCUGCAGCCCCCAGUGGCCAUGGUUUUCAUCCUGGGCUGCUUCUGGAAGAGGACAAAUGAGAAGGGCGCGUUCUGGGGCCUGGUGGUGGGGCUGCUGCUGGGCCUCAUUCGGAUGGUGCUGGACUUCAUCUACCCCCAGCCGCAGUGCAGCCAGCCGGACACCAGACCGGCUGUGGUGAAAUACGUGCACUACCUCUACUUCUCCAUGAUCCUCGCUGCCAUCACCACCAUCACGGCCACGGUCGUGAGCCUGCUCACAGACCCCCCUUCCGAGGAAAUGAUCAGUCGUCUUACCUGGUCCACCCGCUGGGAUCCACCACCCACGAAAGCUGCAGCUGGUGGCUCUUUUCCUGAUGCUGUAAGUGGAGGAGGCAAAGCUGAGCGUCCAGCUGUCCCGAUGGAUUUCAGCGUCGCUUCUGAAAGCAUUCCCAGCGACAACGCAAGCGCUGCCCGCACCAAAAGGCACUCCAAGGCGAUGAGGAUCUUCCUGUGGCUCUGCGGGAUGGAGAGCCAACAUGAGCGCUCCCCCGAGGAUGCAGCUCCCACCAAGCCCGAGCCGGUUGUGGCUGCCCUGCACGAGGACCCGCUGGUGAAACACGUCCUGAACGUGAACCUGAUCCUCUGCACGUGUGCCGGGAUCUUUCUCUGGGGCUACUAUGCCUAGUGCUUCGCCACAGGAUGCCAGGGACACCAUCAUGUAAUCCCAGGCCUUCCUGUUUAGAUGGGUGUAAAUAGUAAUCAUUAUUAACGAAGAGGUGACACAGUC